AUGUAUGUCUUGCCUGCCGUGCUCGUCCGAUACUUGCAACCAGAUAAACAUGCCCUCUCCCAGAGAUCCGCCACCCGCCAGUACAACGCGACGGUACUAACUCCUCCUACAGCUCGAGAAUACCGACUAGCAUCCUCCCAUCACGACUGCCUCGCCUACGAACAAUAUACGCAAAACAUCUCCUCAAGCGGUGCCCUUCUUCCCUCCCUGUCUACCAAACCUCAGUUCGCAGCUUCUUUCAUCAGCAACAACCACAAGUGUCGAGUGGUAGUCACCCCAGCUCAGCUCGGCCCGGUCCCAACUCUACCCGAUCAGCUUGUCGUCAACGUCCAUCCAUCUCCAAUGGCCACCUCCCAUUUUGUCUCCUCUUCUCCUACCCCUGCUCAUCAUCUACCCCACCCCUUCCGUCACUUGGAGGCCCGCCCUUCCCCAUUUUCCCCGGCCAGCGGCUCUCGACGUCACCAAACCCAUCACGCGCAGCACGAAGAUCACGAAGCUGAUGAGUAUCUUCGAUCGAGCCCAGCCGGAUCCGAAGGGUGCGUCGAAGCGGAGGACCAGGCAGAGUACUACGACGACCGAAGCCCAGAAACUGACGAGCUCGAGGACGAAGACCAAGCUGGCAUGAUGGACGAGCACGACCAACACGCUUCUGGGUCAAUCGCUACCGCCCCUCCCACUCCGUCUCCCAAUCCAUAUGGGACCACAUUCCCCGAGAGCGUCAGGAAUUCAGUCAGCAGGAAGAACACCUUUCUACCCGCACAUCUCUUCGCGCCCAACCCGAAUGCCAUGCCUCCCUCCUCUUCUCCGUAUGCCAUGGACAUCUCACCCGCCCCUGCUCGACGCUGCAACAUACCGAGAAACUCACUACAGACAAGCAGCUUCCAAGCACACCACCCGGACGACCCAUUUGCAGGAAGCCCCUCUCGCUCUCAACCCAAAACUCUCUGGAAGGCCAGCCCGACCACCAGUGAAACCCGGCGGACGAUUGGCCUGAGGAAAGCGCUCACCCGUCCGCAACUCCCCAUCGACACAAAAUUCGUCGCGUCGGGUAGAGCUGGUCAGAGAUCUCCACCAUGUCCAUUGGCUCGGGCCAGCAGUGAUGGCAUGGAUAUCGAUUCUCCCAGCUAUACCCAACCGAACCAUGGGGAUGGCAAUGACGCCCGCAGCUCCCAUAUGAGCUCUGAUGACCAGGCGACUGGCACGUCGCGUCUAAUUCAGCGGACCUCGCGCUCGGCAAGCCAAAGCAGUAUUGGCAAACGCAGCCGAUCUGAUGAGGACGACGACCGGGAGCACCUAUCCUCCCGUCCGAGCAGCAGCGGCAGUAAUGGCCGCCAACUAGCUCCUCAGAAACGCAUCGCGAGUCCCCCAAGGUUGUCUCUUCCAGCGCACUCUCAAGGCAGCCGUCUGUUUGCGCCUACACCCACCUUACCCGCCGAGGAGAAUCGCUCAUUCUCACCCUACUUUUCGUCCUCGUCACCAAGUGAGAACAUGAGCCCAAGCAUCAAAGCGGCUGCGAAGUUGACCCUGGGCCGCAAGGCUGGCGAGCGAUCACUAUCGGGAUUUCACUUCCCGACUUCCAAACCCCACCUCCCCUCGGCCCCCAUUCUCUCCAGCAGCCGUUCUCAACAAUACGGCAAGGGCAGUCUAGGCUCUGCCUCCGGAAGCAGCAUCGCCACCCGGCGCGCUGGCUUAGGUGUUGUACAGAGUAGCGCAACACUCUUCAGUCGCCAUCAAUCCGCCUCAUCCUCCUCAACCGUCGUCAAUCGCCAGCGGGAUGCCAUCGGAAGGCCUGCCUCCAAGUCUCGCCGGGCGAUGAGCUUCGCUGCCGGCCGAGGUAAGAAGCUGGAUCUUUUGCUGCAAAGUAACAGCAUGGCCGUCGACCUCGACGAAGAAGAUGAGGAGUCAGACAUGGAUGCCAGCUCCACGUUCAACUGCUCCCCCAUGCCCCGAACCGCCAACCCUCUGGUCAGUGGCACCUGGCCCAAGUCUUCCGAAAGUCCGAUCCGCCCCAACAAGAGCAGCAGCUGCAUUGACUCGAUGCACCACUUGACCCGGAAGUCUUCUGCACCUGGUCCUUCGGGCUCGAGAUCGUUGGCCCCACCUCCCUUCAACCACGGUAUGGCCGACCAGAGUCCCACCCGGCCAUUGAUCGCUACUAUCGGCGCGGCGGUAGAGAGUCCUGUGGGGAUGGCGUUCAGCGAAAAGGAGCGCGCUGGGAAGAUCCUACCUUGCCACAAGGUAUCCAACGACGGCCUGAUGCGUAUCUCCCCCCAGACGAUGAACCGACUGCUGGAAGGGGAAUACGACGACAGCAUUACCCACAAGGUCAUUGUGGACUGUCGCUUUGGGUACGAGUACGAGGGUGGGCACAUCCGUUCGGCCAUCAACAUCCAGGACAAGAAAGCGGUCGACAAGAUGCUUCUACAGGGUGGACUGUUUGCACGCGGGGAAAGGGACGUCCCUCUACCCAGCGAAUCCGGCAAGGUGGACUCGGCUGGGCAGAGGAAGAAAGUGGUAGUAGUAUUUCAUUGUGAAUACUCUGCCAUGAGGGCACCGACUGUUGCGAAGCAUCUUCGCGAGCAAGAUCGGCACAAGAACAUGCCCCACUACCCUGCCCUGCACUACCCCGAAGUGUACAUCCUGGAGGGCGGCUACGCCCAAUACUUCGUCCACUCUCCCCAGCAUUGCGAUGGGGAGUAUGUGAAGAUGGAUGACCCGAGCCAUCGAAGCGACCGCCACGCCGACUUGAACCAGUUCAGGACGCGUGAGAGCUCGACCUUCUCGCGGGCUAAGAGCUUCACCUUCGGCGAGAACAAGAAAGUGGCCAAGAAAGGGAAGAAGCCCGUCUUCCUCAUCGGCCAGACUCGCGUCGAGUCCCACCGGCAGCGGGAUAUCUUCGGAGCCAAGCCCAGUAACGAAGGCUCCUCCCAAUACUCCAGGAUCGUCGAGGAAGACGAGGAAGACAUGCCCGGUCACCUCCCCGAGACGCAAUAG